UAAAAAUGUUUUAUUUGUAUUUUCUACUAGAAAACAUGUCCGAGGGUGUGAGACCAGAUUCCCAUGAGAAACUUCAAUCAGAGACUUCACAACCAACACAGGCAGUAGUAGAGGAAGCUGGCCAUAAAACCCAAGGUGGUCAGCAUGACCCAGUUGACCAGCAUAUUCCUGAAGUUGACCAGCCGGCCACCCCCAGUUGUUCUGUUCCUACCUCGCCUUUAAAUAUGGCGUUGGUACCUCCUGCUCCCCGCAGAUUACAGGAAAACUACUCAGUUACUCAAAGUUGGCAGAGCAGAUCAUUCAUGUCCGACUCAACAUCACCUCUUCAGGAACAGAUUGAGACUGAGAAUGAUUUCCUGGCUGCCCUUGAACCUGACAAUAUAGAAACCAUAUCGCAACCUUCAUUAGCUCGUUCAUCAGUUCUCAUCUCUUCUCCUUCCUACUCUCCUGGACCCUCACCAGCCCACUCAACAUCUCCGGCACUCACCACCAGGGAUCCCAAUUGGCAGUCUAGUAAGAGUAGUGUGCGGGAGCGUAACUCCGCCAUGUUUAACAACAGUUUAAUGGCGGAUGUCUGGUUCUUGGUUGGAGGCGGAGAAUCUCAACGCCGGGUUCCGGCACACAAAUAUAUACUCGCCACCGGGAGUACCGUUUUCUACGCCAUGCUGUACGGAAGCUUGGCAGAGGAAAGCGAGGUUAUCCUGGUUCCUGACGUAGAUCCGGACGCAUUCCUAGCUCUGUUGAACUACUUGUACUGCGACGAGAUUAACCUCGAGCCUGACAACGUCCUGGCAACCCUCUACGCAGCCAAGAAGUACAUCAUUCCACAUUUAGCUAAGGUGUGUGUGAAGUACCUAGAGACGAGUUUGAGUGCGAGAAACGCCUGCUUGCUUCUCUCCCAGUCCAGACUAUUUGAGGAACCAGAACUCAUGCAGAGAUGCUGGGACGUUAUUGACGCUCAGGCAGAAAUAGCUCUUCUGUCGGAUGGAUUCACAGACAUAGAUUUCCACACUCUUGAAACUAUUCUUAAUAGGGAAACAUUGAACUGCAAAGAGAUUAUAGUAUUUAAGGCUGCACGAACCUGGGCAGCGGCGGAGGCUGUCCGCCAAGGUGUAGAGCCUACGCCUCAGCAUUGCCGGGAUAUACUCGGCUCCGCCAUGUACCUAAUCAGGUUCCCUGCCAUGGAGUUGGAAGAGUUCGCAGAUUCAGCAGCUCAGUCUGGAAUGCUUUCUCUUCAAGAGACAACAGAUAUAUUUCUAAAUUUCACUGCUAGACAGAAACCAAUACUUCAGUACCCAGUACAGUCUAGGAUCGGCAUGAAACCUCAGAUUUGCCAUAGAUUCCAGUCCAGUGCCUAUAGAUCUAACCAAUGGAGGUAUCGAGGUCGGUGUGAUUCUAUUCAGUUCUGCGUGGACCGAAGAAUUUUCAUAGUUGGGUUUGGUCUGUAUGGAUCAAGUAAUGGAUCUGCUGACUAUACUGUCAGGAUUGAACUGAAGCAGAGUGGGAAAGUGUUAGCCACCAACACUCAGGGAUUCUACUCAGACGGUUCAAGCAAUACCUUCCAGGUCUUCUUUGACCAUCCGGUCCAAAUAGAGAAGGCCAUGGUUUCAGAACAUAAAUCAAAAAUGGAGAGAGACAAAACUGUUCGGCGCCGACGGAAACUUGAAACUAACUUACAAGAAGAAAACGAGGAUAUUGCAGUCAAAGAACGUCGGUCAUCAAAGAUCGACCAGACAUGUACUAAACUUAUAAUACUUCUGUCUGGGGUGGUUUGUAUACUAAGUGUACUGCUGAUGUACUGUCCGGACAGUACAAUUACAGCUUUAACACAUAAAACAAUUGACUAUGUUCUGAUGCAUGCUGGGAUUUCUCCAAUUAUCUACGCUGUAGUAUUAGAUGCUGGUAGUACAGGUUCCAGGGUUUUAGCAUUCACUUUCUAUGAAAACCCUGUUACGGGGAAUCUUCUUCUGGUUGAUGAACUGUGGAAGGAGGUUAAACCUGGCCUUUCCUCUUUUGCUGACGAUCCUGAAGCCGGAGCUGAGACAAUCCAAGCGCUGAUCAAUGAAGCUCAUGCUCUAGUCCCAGCACAUCAGAGGAAACAAACACCUGUUAGUCUUAAGGCAACUGCUGGCUUGAGAUUGAUUCCCCAAAAGAAAUCAGAGGGUCUUAUAUUAGCUGUAAAUAAGAUCCUUGAGAACUCUGGGUUUUCUAAUCGAGGAGUAGAGAUUUUAUCAGAACUUCAUGAAGGAUUGUAUGGAUGGAUUACUGUAAACUUUUUAAUGGAACAGCUUACCAAUCCAAGGAAGUCUUAUGUUGCUCUGGAUUUGGGAGGAGGCUCUACUCAGAUUACAUUCAGUCCCAAGUAUGAUGAAACCUUCCAGGAUACUCCCUCUGAUUUCUUGCAUCAAGUUUCGGUUAUCAGUCGGAAGAUGACAAUAUACUCUCAUAGCUAUCUUGGAUUGGGUCUGAUGGCAGCAAGGGAUGCUGUUUUUAACCACAGAGCAGAAGGCACCUCCUCUAUAGCCUCACCAUGUGUAUCAAACCCACUGGUCUGGAAGUAUAAUAAUAAAGAAAUAAACCUCCACCCAAAACAGUCAAGUUAUGAAACAUGCAUGAUUCAGGUUAUGGGAGUUUUGGAUACUCUGAAGGUUCAUCAGUGUGAAGAAGUACCCACAAGAAAGAUUGCUGCAUUCUCUUACUUUUAUGAUCGGGCAGUUGAUGCAGGAAUCAUUGAACAUGGACAAAGUGCAGUAGUUCAGGUUCAAGAUUUUCUUGAUGCUGCUAAGAGUGCCUGUGAUAGCUCUGAACAUCCAUUUCUUUGUGUUGAUCUUACAUUUAUCUCAGGACUCUUACACCACGGCUACAAACUGUCUGCAGAUGCUAAACUAGGACUUUACAAAGAAAUUAAUGGUCAUUCAACAAGCUGGGCUUUAGGCGCAGCAUUUGCUCUCCUUGAGAAAUGAUCUCCCUACCAAGAUAGUGCCUUUGUUACACAAAGAAGUUAUUAAUAUUCUCUCAAUCUAUACUAAAUCUCAAUGCAACAUGAUAUACUGUUAGAUUUAAAACAGUGGCCUUAAUACUUUCAGCUUUCCAAUGUUUAUAGUUCCUUAUUUGCUCUUGACCAAUGAAAAAAUUUUUUGUAUGAGACUUGUAUCUCAGGUAAUGAUACAAAUUAAAGAAUAAAAUUGUGAUGAAUCUUUUAAUGCUGUGAUACAUGUUAUUGAUGAAUAAACUUCCACUGCUCACCAAGAAA